AGUCUCAAAAUAGUAAAUAAACAUUGCCUUUUUAAUGUACUUUAUUAUCUGUAGCCUGUUGAUUUUUAAACUGCUGUUAUAAUUUUUAUUCACAUUAAUUUAUUUAUAUCUUAGUAUGAAUAGUUUGUGUUAUUCUUGUGCUGGAAAUAUUUUACGAUCAUGGAAUUUCAAGAAAAUAAUGAAUAAAUUUGUCGAAAAGCAAUGGAAUUUUAGGAGUAUAAGCUCAUCUUCUAAAUACAUUCUUUACUCUCAGCCAACUGCUUCAUCUCAUCCUCAUCUUUUGAAAAAUAACGAAAUAACUCCUGGUUUUACUGCAGAUGUGUAUAGCCGAAGAAGACGCAGGAUGGUCGAGAUUAUUAACCAAAAAUUUUCAGCUACUCAAAGUUCCUUUUCUCACUUAAUUGUCAUUCCGUCAGCCACUAUUGUAAAUAUGACAGAAAAGAUACCUUAUUUCUUUCGACAAAACUCCGACUUUUUGUAUCUAUGUGGUUACAAGGAGCCAAACAGUGUGUUGGUUAUUUACACAUCACCUGAUCUGCCAAAUCCGCUUGUUAAAACCGUUCUUUUUAUACCUAGACAAUCUCCUCAUUCAGUUAAAUGGGAAGGAGAGAAAAUGGAUGUAGAAACUGCAGUGAAUUUCUUGGGUGUGGACAGUGCUUUAUAUACAAACGAUUUUGAAAAAUUCCUAGCAUCCUUUGUUAAGUGCAAUAAACGAUGUGCCAUUUGGUAUGAUUAUUUAAGCACACCUUUCCCUUUGGUGCAUAAUACCAUGAGAGAAUUUAUAGCUGCCAACUCAAAAAGUAUAAUGUUGGAAACUCCUAAAUCUACCCUUCAUCAAAUGCGAGUUAUUAAAUCAGAUAAUGAAGCAGAACUGAUGAGAAAAACUUGCAAGAUAGCUGCUCUGUCUAUGAGAGAAGUCAUGAAGUUUUCGCAUCCAAUGAUUUAUGAGUCUCACUUGGAAGCUAAAAUGGAUUUUGAAUGUCGUUUACUAGGAGCUGAUCAUGCUGCUUUUCCUCCAGUAGUUGGUGGAGCUGACAGGGCUAGUGUUAUUCAUUACAUUGAUAAUAAUCAAAUUAUUAAUGAUAAUGAACUGGUCUUAAUGGAUGCUGGCUGUGAAUAUAAUGGCUAUGCUAGUGACAUGGCUCGGACAUGGCCAGUGAAUGGAAAAUUUACUCCUCCUCAGAGAGAAGUAUAUGAAGCUGUUUUGUCAGUGCAAGAGGAACUCAUUGAAAUGCUUGCAACAAAAUUACCUUUAGAUGAUUUGAUGAAGAUUAUGUGCAAAAAACUUGGGAAAGAAUUUCAAAAACUAAAUAUAAUUCCUGAUUCUGUGCCUGAAGAAAAAUUAGCUGAAGCUGGAUUCGAAUUAUGCCCCCAUCAUGUGAGUCAUUAUUUAGGAAUGGAUGUACAUGAUACUAGCUUAAUAUCUCGGGGUAUUCAUUUGCAACCAGGGAUGGUAGUCACUGUAGAACCUGGUGUUUAUAUUCCAAAAAAUAUGGCAGUCCCUGAAAAAUACAAAGGAAUUUGUAUUCGUAUAGAAGAUGAUGUCUUAAUUACUAGUGAUGGAUAUGAAGUAUUGACUUCAGACUGUCCAAAGAAAGUUGCUGAAAUUGAAGAACUUUUUACAAGAUAAUGAAUACUUUGGAUGCAAUAUUAAUGCUGUGAUUUUUACUGAGUUAUUUAUAUAUUUUGUAAGUCAUAUAAAAUUCACACUUAAUAUUUUUUGGAUGUUUAAGUUUAUAUUGAUAAUUAAAAUUUAUUGUUGAACAAAAUAUGUUUUUCAUAAAUAUUAUAUAUUGUUUGAUAUAUGAAAUAGAUUUCUAUAGACAAACAUCAUGACGAUGUGCUGUGGAAUUAGGAUUCUUGGAAACCAGAAAAUCUUUUUCUAUGAUAAACUAAAACAGUAAAAUUUGACAGAUAUUCUAAGUAAUAUAUCUAAAUAUCAUUUUAGUCUUCUUUGAUAAAAAAUAUAGAUAGAAAAAAAAUAUCAUGUAAUGAUUUCUAUUAUUUGGGAAAAUGUUUCUCAAUAAAACAGGAAAAACAAUAUAAUUUGAAAACAUAAACUAGUUAUUAUUGCAUAUUGGAAAAUGAAAAUGCAAGGUCAAACUAUUGUGAAAACCGCAUAUUAAGAAAUGAAACCACAUGUUAAAACUGUAUAUUGAAAAAUGAAAUAAAAUUUAUUUAUUUUUAACUGCUUUAUUAAAUUUUCAAAAAUAAUUAAUAUAAACAUCUGAUUAUUUCAAUUAUUGAUUUCAGAAAUGACAUGUGUUUUUUUAAAAGUAAAUUUAU